AUGACCCUCUUAAAUAAAAAAUUGUGGGUAGAAGGGGCUACAGGGAGCAGACAAUACCCACGGACUACCCGAAGAAUGGUGGACCUAGGCGUGGGCCAGGUAUCCCACUCGUUCAUGGUCAUUCCUGAGUGCCCCUACCCACUGCUGGGAAGAGACCUCCUCACCAAAAUAGGUGCUCAAAUUCAUUUUGACCCCGAGGGACCUCAGGUGUUAAAUCGACAAGGAAAGCCCCUCCAGGUAUUAACUCUCAGGCUGGAAGAUGAAUAUCAAUUGUUUGAGAGACAAGGGCAGGAGACUGGACAGAUGGACUGGUGGUUAGAAAACUACCCCCAGGCGUGGGCAGAAACUGCAGGGGUAGGGAAGGCUAAACACCAGCCCCCCGUCCACAUAGAGCUGAAGGCUCAGGCCAGCCCUAUAGCUGUCUGACAAUACCCAAGGUCCCAAGAGGCACACGAAGGCAUCCGAGCCCACAUUGCCCAUUUGCCACAGCUGGGGAUCCUACGGAAGUGCCAAUCAGCCUGGAACACGCCCUUGCUACCGGUCCGAAAACCUGGGGCUAAUGACUACCGACCAGUCCAGGACCUCUGAGAGGUAAACAAACGUGUGACUGACCUCCACUCCACAGCUCCUGACCCCUAUAAUCUUUUAAGCUCUUUACCCCCAGACAGGACCUGGUACUCGGUACUGGAUCUCAAAGAUGCAUUCUUCUGCUUACUGCUGGCUGUAAAAAGUCAAGAUUACUUCACCUUCGAGUGGAAAGAUCCAGAGACUGGCCUAGCAGGGCAACCCACGUGGACCCACCUGCCUCAAGGGUUCAAGAAUUUGCCCACCAUCUUUUACGAGGCCCUCCACCAGGACUUGGCUGUGUUCCUGGCCUCUAACCCCCAGGUAACUCUGUUGCAGUAUGUGGAUGAUCUCCUCCUGGCAGUGGCCGACGAGGAACUGUGUCUGGAAGGAACAAAGCAUCUCCUCACAGAGUUGGGAGAACUGGGCUAUCGAGCCUCUGCCAAAAAGGCUCAGAUCUGCAAGCGACAGGUCAGUUACCUGGGGUACCUUCUUAAAAACGGGAAGAGAUGGUUAUCUGAGGCCAGAAAAGAGACAGUAUUCCACAUCCCGCCAUCCGCUAACCCAAGACAAGUCAAGGAAUUUUUAGGCACUGCCAGGUUCUGCUGCCUGUGGAUACCUGGUUUUGCUGAGAUGGCAGCCCCGUUAUAUCCCCUCACUAAGAACAGUCAGCCCUUCAAGUGGGGAAAGGAAGAACAGGCUUUUAACAACAUCAAGACGGCCUUGAUGUCCGCACUGGCUCUGGGUCUCCCCGACGUAACCAAGCCCUUCCACCUGUAUGUGGCAGAAAAUAAGGGGGUUGCAAAGGGGGUCCUAACUCAAAAACUGGGCCCCUGGAAAAGGCCUGUAGCAUAUCUGUCCAAAAAACUAGACCCAGUAGCCUCGGGGUGGCCGGCUUGUCUAAGGAUCAUAGUGGCAGUCGCAGUUCUGGUAAAAGAUGCUGACAAGUUGACUAUGGGACAGAGUUUAGCAAUCUCAGAACCUCAUGCCUUAGAGAGUAUUGUCCGCCAGCCCCCCAACCGCUGGCUCACAAAUGCUCACAUGACUCACUAUCAGACUCUGUUACUGAACUCAGACCAAGUUACUUUCGCUCCCCCGGUGAGCUUAAAUCCAGCCACGUUGCUCCCAGACCCGGACCUUGACCCUCCUAUCCAUGACUGCCAACAAGUGCUUGCCGAGGCACAUGGAUGGUGGAAAGACUUGUCAGAUCAGCCUCUGACGGAUGCUGAAGCCACCUGGUUUACGGACGGCAGCAGUUUCCUGGAGGAAGGAGAACGGAAGGCAGGAGCCGCUAUAGUAGAUGGCCAGAACCUGAUAUGGGCACCGGCCUUACCUGCAGGAACGUCUGCCCAGAAGGCAGAACUCAUCGCCCUCACGAAAGCCCUUGAACUAGGAGAGGGCAAAAGAAUUAACAUCCAUACGGACAGCAGGUAUGCCUUUGCCACUGCCCAUGUGUACGGUGCUAUUUGUCAACAAUGGGGUCUGCUGACCUCUGGAGGGAAAGAAAUCAAAAACAAGGCAGAGAUCGUAGCCCUGCUGGAGGCCCUUCACCAACCGCUAAAAGUGAUUAUUAUACACUGCCCGGGUCACCAGAAAGGGGAUUCCCCCAUUGCCAGGGGAAACAACUUGGCCGAUUCUGAAGCAAAGGCGGCAGCCCACAGGUCCACUUCUCUUCUGCUAGUUAACAUCCCAAAGCUAGAGGAGCCCAAGUUUAAGUACUCUGCUGAGGACGUAGCAGAGAUCUCAAGGGACUCUAAUAACUACUUCAAUCAGGAAAAAGGACGCUGGCAUGCAGUGUUAAAAGGACUGCAAAUGGUGCAGAAGGAAAUCUGGACACAGCUGGCGGCCGCCUAUGAACCUGGGACCCCCGAAGUUUCUCACCAGUUCCAGGUCAGGGACACGGUCUAUGAAGGACAACAUCGCUCCCAGGCUCUGGAGCCCCGCUGGAAGGGGCCUUACCUGGUGCUCCUGACAACACCAACGGCCGUAAAAGUAGACGGGAUCACCGCUUGGAUCCACGCCUCGCAU